AUGCUGCGGCCCUCCAUCCGCUCCCUUCCACCGCUUCCAUCCGCCCUUCGACACGUCUCCGCUCGCAGCCCGUCGUUCAGGAACCGACAACCAGAGAUACCGCUGCGCACAGGCCGAGCCUACACCACCGCUCCCAAGGCGAGCCGCUUCACCGCCUCCAGGGACGGUCCCUCGAGCCUCGAAACAAUGAGCGACGCAGAUGCUGAUCCGCCGAUUGCGGAACUGAACAGGGACGAGGUGCUGGCGUUCCGCGAUGCGCUGGCUGCGGAGCUGAGAGACGAUGAAUGGUACACCAUCCUGACGGCGACGGCGGCCUCGUGCCACUUUGGAGCCUCGUCGAUCGUGACCAUCUACGAGCUCGCGUGCCAGCUGGCGCCGCAAAAGCCUGGAGAGCCGGAAGCAGAGCGCUGCCAGCGCAUCCACAGCCGCAUCCAAGAGACGCUCGUCAAGGGGACGGUGCUGUACGGCAUCGCCGCAUCGCUCGAUACCGUCUUCCCGCUGCUGUCGCACCUACGGGAGCACCAUCCUUCGCACCUGCUCCCCACGGCCACCUCGGCGCCGCGACGGCCGCUCGAAUCCUCGACGCUCUCGUCGCUCGGACCGCGCGCCUACGACGCCCUCGGCAGCGUGUACCAGCACAACCUUUCCCCCAUCAUCGAUGGGAAGAUGGGCGACGACAUGGAGGACCUCAAGUUCCUCACGCUGCAGAUCAACUACGGCUGGAACCUGGCAGAGUACCGCGUGCUCGACUUCAAGUCGACGGAGCUCGUCGUCCUCGCGGCCCUCGUGGCGCAGAACACGCGCAACGAGAUCCUGUGGCACCUCCGUGGCGCCAUGCGCGCCGGGUGGAGCAGGGAGACGGUGGUCAGUGUGCGGGAGGCGUGCGUGCGCAUGGCGAGGAGGCUGGGCAGGAGGACGGGCAACGUGCCUAGGAUGGACGAGGUCAGGGAGGACAGCAACGAGUAG